GUUUUACCUUUGAGAGAUAGAGAUAGAGUAUAACAUAGAAGUAGAGUUUUCCGGCUAAUAAGAACGUUCGAGAAAUGCUGUUAGAAGUUAGAAGGAGACAAACUUCUUUGUCUUUUUGAUAGAAGUAGAGAAAGAUGUAUAUUAGAGAGAGAGAGAUGUCGCUUGGGAACGAAGCGGCGACGUGCGCGUGCAAGUCCGAGCGUGUAUGGCGAGAGCCUUUUGUUUUGGCGCGCGAAUCUUGUUGCUGGGCGCGCACAACCAUAUAACCGAUUUCGACUAAUACAGCACCGGUGUUAGAUGGUUAGAUAACGAUAUAUGUGCAAACAUGAUAUGCGUACGAAUAAAAAUCUGUAGGAGUCAAUUUUUUUUUAAAAUCGGUGUGGAUCGGGUCGGUGAUCGAGCGAAACUUGCGGUGCGGUGUAGCUUGAUUACUGUUCAGGGAGGCCGCGUAAAUUUGUAUGGGCCCCGUGCGCGUGCGUGAUCAACCCGAGCUCCCAUAGAUCUUUUCAGCAGUGCUGGAGAUCGCAACGGACAGCGGUGUGCGCGCGCGGAUAGCCCUGCAGAGGCGCGUGGUUUUCCCGCUUUGAGAUUAUUGUGAAUUGCAGUGCGUUCUAUAUGAUCUUACAAGCAUACAAUUUUUUUUGUAAUUUAGAGACUAGAUAAUAGUAUUGUAAAUUAAUACACUAAUGAUAUAUCAACAGCUAAAUCCCGAUUAGAGAAUGGACGACAAGGUAGAGAAUAUCUCGUUAGAGGAUGAGAUUCCGGAAGCGCUGGUCAACUACGACAGCGAUAGCAGCAUGAUUACCGUGAUCGAGAGCGACAGCGCAGACGGCGAGAAGAGGGAGAAAAAGAAAAAGACGGAAAGUACAGGAGCGAUUCCGAAAAAGAAGCUGCCUGUCGUCACCGAGAACAUCGAGGUGACUAAAGCGUGGGUGGAAAACCUUCCGAUGCUGCCGAUCGGAAGCAGAAUGAUAUAUGAGAAGCAGGAGAAAUUAGUCACCAAAAUGGAAAAUUCCAUGAAGCUGAUGGACAAAAUCAUGUCGAAAGCCACCGAUAUGAUGGAAAACAUGGUGGAAGUUACCCGACUCAAUCUAGAGAGAGAAAGGGUAAAACUUAGAAGCUUAGAGUUAGAGGCAGAAAAGAAGAACGAGAAAGUAGAGAAGAUAGACAAACCAGAGAUUAGAGCACAGAGAGCAACCAUAGAGGAAACAAAAUGCUUCAGAUGCAACAAGCUGGGCCACAUGGCAAAGGAUUGCCCGCUAGCAGAACAUGGGGCAUGGUUCUGCUAUUAUUGCCAGGAAGUACGAGGCCAUAAAUGGGAUAGCUGCCCCAAUUCCGGAAAAGAGGCGAACAGAUUUAGAGGAAAAAGGUAUGCAGAUAAAGUUGUUAAUAAAAAUAUAAAGAAAAAGGGUAAAUUUGAACCUAGAGGCACUAAAAGAGUUAACGACAAAGGGAAAAUAACUAAGCUGCAAAACUUCAAGAAAACUUCAACGAAGACAGCAACAGAAGAUAAAUCAAAAGAAGGUAAAAUAGGUGUGGUUAGAUUAAUAAAAGAUAGAAAUAGUGCAAAAGAGUUGGUUAAUUUUAUUGCAGACUCGGGCGCAACAGAUCAUAUUGUGAAUAAAAGUAUGAUUUUGUCAAAUUUUGAAAAAUGUAAUGAUAGAGUUAUUAAAUGCGCGAAUAAAAAUGAGCUUGCAGACAUUUCAAUAGAUGGUAAAGGAGAUCUUCUAUUAAUAUCGAAUACAAAAGAAAAUAAAGUCAUUAAAUUAACAAAUGUUAUGGCAACGAAAGAAGUAUCUGAAAAUCUAUUGUCUUUAAGAAAACUGGCUGAUGCAGGGUUCAGUAUUUAUUUAGAUGAUAAAUUGCUUAAAGUUUACAAUAAAUUAACAAAUAAAACAGUUUUCGAAGGAAAAUAUGAGAAGCCAAAUUGGAUUAUUCAAUUCGAAGUCAAAAACAAAUAUAUAGAGGACAAAGAUAAUGUUGAGUGUGCUGUGUAUAAAUGUAGAGCAGCAAUUGUUCCACAUUGUGAGUUUCCUGAACAAUCGCGAGCAAACAUUCAAAAUAAUGAGAUAUCAAUUUCGGAGGGAGAAUUAGAUGAGAGAAAUAAUGUUGACUCUGCGAUUGGGAGGGAGAAUGAAGGAGAGCUCACAAAUGUGAACAACAGCAAUACUGAAUCUGAGCAAGCCAUUAAGUUAGAGGACAUACAAACAAUAGAAAAUAUAGAAGAAAUGUUUGAAAGCUCAGUAACCGAAGAAGUAAAGAAAUUAGAGAAAAUAAAUGAGGCAAUGUUAUGGCAUGUUAGACUAGGUCACGCAUCGCUAAACUAUUUAAAACAAUUACAAAAGGUAGAAAAGAGAUUAGAGAAUGUCAAGUUUGAUAAUUCCAUAUUAGAGUGUGAAGUCUGUAUAAUGGCAAAGAUGACAAAACUGCCGUUUAAAGAGAAUAGAAGUAGAGCUCAGAGACCAUUACAGGUAAUACAUACGGACAUCAUGGGACCAAUCAAACCUACAUCCUAUCCAGGACAAAAGAGAUUUAUAAUAACUUUUAUAGACGACUAUUCCAGAUUGGCGAAAGCUUAUUCUUUGAAGACGAAAGAUGAAUCAGGAGAAGCUCUAGAGAAAUAUCUAAUAUCCGCCAGAAAUCUAUUAGGAAAAGAAGAAAAACUGUGUUACGUGAAGUCAGAUCAAGGCAAGGAAUUCACGGGAGGUACAUUUAGAGAAGUGCUGAAAAGAGAAAAGAUAGAAGCUAUAUUUGCACCACCAUACACUCCGGAACACAAUGGAGUUGCAGAGAGAUUCAACAGAACAUUACAAGAGAAAGUAAGAACAUAUAUGUUCGACUCGGGAUUACCAAAGAGUAUGUGGGAGUUGGCGGUUGACGCUGCUGUGCAUGCGUACAACAGAUCUCCACACAAAACUAUAGAGUAUGAAAUCCCGUUGAAGAAGUUUUCACCGGAAACGAAUUGUCACUUUGAGCAAGUGAAGAGAUUCGGAUGUAUUGGAUAUGCAAGAGUACCAAAGUCCACGUCGAAAUUCGACAAGAGAGCUAUUAGAGGCGUGUUGGUGGGCUACACCGACACUGGAUAUAUACUCUGGCAUCCAAGCACAAGAAAGUUCAUAGAGUCCCGACACAUUCGGUUUAAUGAAAAGGCAACAUAUAGAAGUACAUAUAAAAACAGUCAAAUAGAAAAAGAAAAAGACUCAGACUGGAUGAAAGAAUUUGUAGAAGAUGAGGAAAAGGGAAAAGAAAACUUGGAGAUUCCUGAGAAAAGGAAAAGAGGAAGACCAAGAAAACAAACAGCCCAGUUAGAAGAACAGAAACAGAAGGUCGAACAAAAGAAGAGCAAAGCUCCAAUAACUAGAAGCAAAAGCAAGAGAAAAUUAGAGGAUGAAAGAGACACUAACGUGCGGAGACUGAUAGAAGAUACUAGUUUCACUAAGCAUAUUACUGUUAAAAAUAUUGGACAGAAUAUAGAGAUUGAAGAUGAACUGAGUCGAUGUCUUCUGGCAUCAUUACAUAGAGAACCCUCGACAUAUGAAGAGGCGAUGACAAGCAGCGAAAGAGAAAAUUGGAAAAAUGCUGUAAUAGAAGAACUUAAAUCUAUGCAGAUCAAUCAAGUAUGGAGGCUUGUUGAUAGACCAAAAGAGACGAUGGACGGUAAACGAGCUAAUAUUAUAGAUUCAAGAUGGGUAUUUAAGAGAAAACUAGAAGCAGAUGGAUCAACCAGAUAUAAAGCGAGACUGGUGAUAAGAGGAUGUAAAGACAAGAAUGUGUAUGACUUGAAAGAGACAUAUGCACCGGUUUCAAGAUUGUCUUUGGUCAGAUCCAUAUUGGCAAUAAUAAACAAGCAUAAUCUAUAUACCCGCCAACUAGAUGUGAAAACUGCAUUCCUGAAUGGAACUAUAGAAGAAGAAAUAUAUAUGGAAAUUCCAGACGGAUUAGAAGUGAAUAAAAACACCGAGAAGACGAAGGUGUGUAAAUUGAAUAGAGCCUUGUACGGAUUGAAGAUAAGUCCGAAAAGAUGGAAUAAGAGGUUUUCAGAGGAAGCCAAGAAACUUGGAUUAGAGAGUGAUCUACACGAUCCAUGCCUGUUCACAUAGAGGAAAGAAGGCAUAAUAGUGACC